UCAUUGGAUACUGUGUUGACUUUCAAUCACAUUAAUCUGUCUGGGACAUUGUGAAAGUUUAUCUCGCUGGGGAAGAGUUACAAAAAAAGAUACACGCCACUGGAGUGUUAUGUCUGAAAGGUUUGUAGUUAUCCCUGUUGGGAGACCUGCAGCAGAAACAAACAACAAGGUGACGACUGACACUUCACCUGGGGGACAAAGAUGGGCUGGGAAUGGGAAUAACAGCGUUACUGUUGCUCAGGAAACGCCAGAAACAUCUGUACCCAUCUUAGAGUACAGCAGGGAACCAAACAAAUACGGAGAUGGAAACCCAAAAGAAAGUAUCCCCUUUAUUAACAACUCUGACCUUGAUGGAGGAAACCUCUAUGACGGGAAGAACAUGGCACUGUUUGAGGAGGAGAUGGACAGUAACCCCAUGGUGUCAUCACUUCUCAAUAAACUGGCAAAUUACACUAAUUUGACUCAGGGUGUGGUCGAACAUGAAGAGGCUGAGAAUGAUGAGGGGGCCAAGAAGAAGAAAGUUAAAAGUCCCCAAAUGGGAACCUUCAUUGGAGUGUACCUGCCAUGCUUGCAGAACAUUCUGGGAGUAAUCCUUUUCCUCCGUUUCACCUGGAUUGUUGGAACUGCUGGCAUCCUUGAGUCCUUCGCCAUUGUCUUCAUGUGCUGUUCUUGUACUAUGCUUACUGCUAUAUCAAUGAGUGCGAUAGCAACAAAUGGUGUUGUACCAGCUGGUGGUUCGUACUAUAUGAUUUCAAGGUCGCUUGGUCCAGAGUUUGGAGGGGCAGUGGGACUUUGCUUUUACCUGGGGACAACAUUUGCUGGUUCAAUGUAUAUCCUUGGUACCAUUGAAAUACUUCUGACCUACAUUGUUCCAAAUGCGGCCAUCUUCAAAGGUGAAAAUGGUGGAGAGACAGAGGCCAUGCUUAACAAUAUGCGGGUCUAUGGAACCUGUUGUAUUAUUUUAAUGGCCUUGGUAGUUUAUGUUGGCGUCAAAUACGUGAACAAACUGGCACUGGUGUUUCUAGCCUGCGUGGUGCUUUCUAUUUUUGCGAUUUAUGCUGGUGUCAUCAAAAGUGCCUUUGAUCCUCCUGAUUUCCCAAUAUGUCUCCUGGGAAACCGGACCUUGUUAAGUCGCAACUAUGAUGUGUGUGCGAAGAUUGUAAUAGAAGCAAAUGAAACUGUGACCACCAAGCUCUGGAGCCUGUUCUGUGAUAGUCCUUUCCUCAACGCCUCCUGUAAUGAAUAUUUUGAGAUGAAUAAUGUCACAGAAAUACAAGGAAUCCCUGGACUUGCCAGUGGAGUUAUAACUGAUAAUCUCUGGAGUGAUUAUGGACUACAGGGAAUGUUGGUAGAAAAGAAAGGCCAGCCUUCCAUCUCUGCACCAGAUUCAAAAUUCACUUCUCCCUAUGUGUCCAAUGACAUUGCUACCUUUUUCACUCUCUUGGUGGGGAUCUAUUUUCCUUCUGUCACAGGUAUCAUGGCAGGUUCUAACAGAUCAGGCGAUCUUAAGGAUGCUCAGAAGUCCAUCCCUGUUGGCACCAUUAUGGCUAUAGCAACCACCUCAUUUAUUUAUAUGUCUUGUGUUGUAUUGUUUGGUGCUUGCAUUGAAGGUGUGGUUUUAAGAGACAAGUUUGGGGAGGCAGUCAGCGGGAAUCUGGUGAUUGGUAUUUUAUCAUGGCCCUCCCCAUGGGUGAUUGUCAUUGGCUCUUUAUUCUCCACAUGCGGAGCUGGUCUGCAGAGUCUUACAGGAGCACCUCGUCUGCUGCAGGCCAUUGCAAGAGACGGAAUAGUGCCUUUUCUACAAGUGUUUGGUCACGGUAAAGCAAAUGGAGAACCAACCUGGGCUUUGCUACUCACUGCAGGCAUUUGUGAAAUAGGCAUUCUGAUAGCAUCUCUUGACAGUGUAGCACCCAUUCUCUCAAUGUUCUUCUUGAUGUGCUACAUGUUUGUAAACCUGGCUUGUGCUGUACAAACGCUGCUUUGUACGCCUAACUGGAGACCCCGCUUUAAAUUCUAUCACUGGACUCUUUCAUUCCUGGGAAUGAGCCUUUGUCUUGCCUUAAUGUUCAUCUGUUCUUGGUACUACGCCUUGGUUGCCAUGUUGAUUGCUGGAUGUAUAUACAAAUAUAUUGAAUACAGAGGAGCUGAAAAGGAAUGGGGUGAUGGAAUCAGAGGUUUGUCUCUCAAUGCAGCUCGCUAUGCUCUGAUCAGGCUGGAGGAAGCCCCUCCUCACACAAAGAACUGGAGGCCCCAGCUGAUGGUGUUAUUGAACUUGGACUCGGAACAGAAUGUUAAACAUGCUGGACUCCUCUCAUUUACCACACAGCUGAAGGCAGGGAAGGGACUGACCAUAGUUGGGUCUGUGAUUGAGGGGACAUAUAUGGCAAAGCGCCCAGAAGCAAAACAGUCUGAGCAGAAUGUUAAGUCUGCGAUGGCUGCAGAGAAGACCAAAGGUUUCUGUCAUGUUGUAGUAUCUUCUAAUUUACGAGAUGGGGUUUCCCACCUCAUCCAGUCUGCAGGCUUGGGAGGAAUGAAGCACAACACUGUUCUUAUGGCCUGGCCAAAUUUGUGGAAAGAACAAGAGGAUCCCAUCUCCUGGAGGAAUUUUAUUGAGACCGUAAGGGAGACGACUGCAGCACACCAGGCUCUGCUGGUUGCUAAAAACAUUGACUCAUUUCCAAGCAACCAAGAGCGCUUUAGCAAUGGAACAAUUGAUGUCUGGUGGAUCGUCCACGAUGGAGGACUGCUUAUGCUAUUGCCCUUCCUUCUUCAACAGCACAAGGUGUGGAGGAAAUGUAAAAUGCGCAUCUUUACUGUGGCCCAGUUGGAUGACAAUAGUAUUCAGAUGAAGAAAGACUUGCAGAUGUUUUUAUACCACUUGCGGCUUAACGCAGAGGUAGAGGUAGUUGAAAUGCAUGAAAGUGACAUUUCCGCCUUCACAUAUGAAAAGACUCUGGUGAUGGAGCAGAGAUCUCAGAUGCUGAAGCAGAUGCAGCUCUCCAGGACUGAACGAGAACGAGAGAUUCAGAGCAUCACUGACUGGUCUCGUAGCUCCAUUAGAAGAAAGAACCACUCUAUUCAGCCGUCUGAUGGCCAAGAUGAAACUGUCAUACAGCUUGCAGACAAAGAGGCCCAGUUAAUCCACGACAGAAACACAGCAUCGCAUGCAGCCAUUAGCGAGAAGGUUGAUGCUGUUCCAGAUCGAGUCCACAUGACGUGGACCAAAGAGAAGUACAUUGCUGAAAGGAACAGAAACAGAGAACCUGCAGGAAUGGGGGUCAAGGACCUCUUCAACAUGAAACCAGAAUGGGAAAGUCUGAAUCAGUCAAAUGUGAGGAGAAUGCACACUGCAGUGAAACUUAAUGAGGUGGUUGUAAAUAAAUCCCAGGAUGCUCAUCUGGUGUUGCUGAACAUGCCUGGACCGCCGAAAAACAAAUGUGGGGAUGAGAACUAUAUGGAGUUUUUAGAAGUCCUAACAGAGGGCCUCAACAGAGUUCUUCUGGUUCGGGGUGGUGGACGGGAGGUGAUCACUAUUUACUCCUAGGUCUGAUUCAAAGGAGAAGCUGACAAGAAAACACUACUCGGCACUAGACUGGAUUUUGGACCUCAAAUAAAAACCUGCUUAGUGCAAGUGAUAUACCAGCACAGCUAUAGAAAGUGGUGUUCAUUUUGAAAGGAUGUGCUACCUGGGAACAUGUAAUGAAAUAAUGGUAGUGAAACAGGAACACUGUAUCUAUCUUUAUGAACAGCUGGUGCUCCAGCCUGUGCAAAGACAAAUGCAGUAGACCACUAUGUCAAUGCAGAAUCCACAAGCACACCAGCACUAGUUAUGCUUUAUUUGUUAGUAAGCUCCAUCUAUACCUGUACAGUAUGUGAUAAAUGGCAUUAACAUAUUUUAGAAACAUUUAAUAACCAGUUUUAUUUAGUAGGCCAACCAGCCUUUAGAAACUAGUAGAAAAUAACAUUAUUUUAGGUGUAGGGUUUUAUU